AAAAUUUCUAACGGACAAUGUUUGGUGUGCUUUGAAGACUUUACUGAGAACUCAGUGGUGACGCAACUGUCGUGCAAGCAUGUCUUCCACUAUCGAUGUAUAGCCACAUGGCUUGAAAUGAAAUCUUCCUGCCCACUGUGCCGAAAAGAUGUC